AUGGACGCGAGCACCAAGGUGAUGGUCCAAAGCGCGGCGCUGCAGUCGCGAACCACGGUUCCUCUGGCUCGCCACUUUGACGCGGUCUCGACUCACUACCGCUACAUGGACGCCGACGCGACGACCAAAGACGAAGAGGACCGGGCCCGAAUCAUUCGCGAGCUCAAGGCAAAACGAUCCAAGACCAAAGGCGCCGGCACGAAAACAGCUUUUGAAGCUGCAUUAGAGGUCCAUGGGACGGGCCACCGGCGACCAGUGAAGCGCGCACCGCCGCCGGCACGGCCACCGACAAACCAAGCGUCGACUGUCGAGAGCCCUAUCGAGCAAAUGAAGCGCGACAUUGACAAGCGUGCGUCGCCAACCGCAGCUCUCAUGAAAAAGAUCUCCGCCUUCAAAGCUGCUCAGGAGCGAGACUUGGCGGUGGUCGAGCGCCUCAUCCAAGAGAAGAACGCCGCCGAGGCCAAAGCCAAACAACUGGAAGCGCUCUUGUGGGAGCAGCCGGCCAAAGUGCACCCGACGCCUCAAUCCUCGCGGCCAAACGUGACCAAGAAGCGCGACCUUGUCAUCGACGCAGGCGAGUCGUUCUUCAACGACAUCCACGGCGACGAGUCGGCGCCACCCGAGUUUAACGUAGCAGGACCGCGAACCGCGAGCUCAAUCGAAGACGAACCGCCUGGGUUCGAUGACAUUGUCGAAGAGCCGGAGCCGUGCACAAGUCCGACAAGUGCCGUUACCACCCAGCGCCGAGAACGCCACACAGCCAACCCUGCGUCGGACGAUGAUGCUCCGCCGAGCACGUGGGCGACCCGCAUUUCGAGCGUGCACUCUUCGUUCUUGUCGGAGGCGACUGCAACUUCCAACCGGAAGCGACACGGCUCGUAUUUUGAAGCGAAGGAGCGAGCGCAAGAGGAAGAGGCCGCACGUGCCGCCGACGCGCGCGCCAAGCUCGAGCGUGCCAAGCGCGCAACGCCGUUUACCGGGUUGCUCGAGAACGAGGCCAAGACGCGCGAACGCAAGCACCAGCGCCUUCAAAAGGUACAGGAGGCAGCAAGCCGCGAGUAUCAGCCUUUCAAGGCGCGUGAUCCCCCCGUGUUUGAGCCGACCGACGGUGACGUGGCCGAGCUCGCACGGCAGAAGCGCGUUGCCGAACGCGCCGCCGCGCUGCUUGCGCAAAGCCAAUUACCGCCCCGGCUCGCGCAGGCCAAGCCGAGGAAAUCGCGCGCAGCACCUGAAGCUCAUGUGCGCAUCAAGGCGCAGCCCGUACCCGACUUUCAAGCAAUGCAAACGCAGUGGAAGGCGUCGCUGCAGCGCGCCAAGAGCCGGCGCACGACGACACAAGUGGACGAGUUUUCGAUCACGCGCCCCGAGAAGACAGCCAAGAUGGCGCAAAAGAAGCAAGCGCGCAUCGAGCGCCUCACUGCGGCCGAGCGCGCUGAGAAGGAAGCUGUGGAAGCGGAGCGGCGGCAGCGGUUGGAGGCGGCCAUGGAAGCUGCCAAGGCCAGCACCAAAGUCUCGAUGACGGCGUCCCACAAGCUGCGCACCGAAGCGAUUCAAGCCAAAUUGAAGGCGCGUCGUCAAGUCGACAAGAGCCAGGAGGAGGCACUCGUGGCGAAAAAAGAGAAGCUCAAGAACAUUGCCAAGCAAGUGAUUGCUGAGGUCUCUGAUAGCGAACGCAAGCGGAAGGAAGAGAAGGGCAACUACGUCGAGGACCCGGAAGCCGCGGCCAAAGCCAAGGCCGAAGAUGACCGCAAGGCGUACCAAGAAUCUCUCAAGCGCAACCGCGAGCGGAUUCUUGCAGCUGCCGCCGCGCGCCCGUCGCUCAUGGAGCGCUUUGCUAUCGACAAGAAGAAGGAAGAGCACAAGCGCAAGGCUCUGCAAGCCGUGGUGGCCAACGUUUUUGGAAAGAAUUUGGGCGCGUUCAAGGGUGUCUUCACCGAGGACGAAGAAGACCUCGUUGCGGGCCUCGAGACGUCAGCUGCGGACGACGCCACGGACGCCAAGGAUGAGAACGACGAGGACGAGUACAAGAACGAUGACUAG